CUGGAAGCGACAGGACGAUGUCGGAAUGAUGAACUGCCUUGGGAAGUCAGUCUGCACCGUGUGGUCACCCACGGUGGUUAGUUUAUUUACAAGACUAUCACCUCAUUGCUUUGUAUGCGGAUUUCCCCCUACAACAUUUACAUGUCCGGGUUCUGUUUACGUCUCCCCGUCGCUUUACGGACCGUCUUUUUUCAGUCGGUAGUGUUCGGUAUCAUCAGCUGGUUGUUGUUGACAUCGUGACAGUUAAACUAGCGGCUAAGUGAUAGAGUAGCGCCGGGCUAUGAUUUUAACCGUAAAGUGGAAGUACUUCAUGGAAACGCGAGGAAUUCCCCACAUUUUGCGUGUCUUUUUUUCCAGCCAGCUCGUCAAAAGUGUAUAGGACUCAACACUGAACAGACUUGAUAUUAGUAUGUCAAGCUUAAAGCUUUUCAGUGAACUACAAUGACUGUUUGCUAUGGGCUCGCUAUCACUUCAUCAAUGAAUCUUUACGUUCAAAGACUAAACGGAAAGUGAAAGAUUACCUCUAGUCACGUUACUUCACUUUACAACAUGUUAUUCACAAGACAACGAACAAGUGGACUGUUUGCUGACCCAUCGUUCAGGCUGUAAACAUGCUUUUAACUGCAUAAUUCAGUUGUGUGUGAUCCCAUGUUCCUCCAUGCCAUUGUUGGCAUCUAAUGGAAGAAAAAGCACUCAUCAGGUCUGCCAUGGUAUCCAGAUUGCCUAAAUUUGGUGGACGAUCCUCGGCCAGUGGCGCUAGCCCCUUGUCCAAUGGUUCCACACAGCCAACCACUCCGACCCAGGAUGGUAAAACAACCCCCCCAGUAACACGCCCAAAUGGUGUUAUCCGUGCCUCUCCUUUUUCCCUGAAAUGGAAAAAAGAUGAGGGGACCACCAUCUCGCACCCAGCCACCCCCAUCAGUCCUGGGGAUGGAGUUGAAGACAAGGCUCAGGCACAGCUUCCCUCAUUGGUAAAGGAUGUAAAGAAUGGCUCUCCAGCAACACCAAAGAUGCGGAGGUCAGGUGCUUUGAUGGUGGCCGUCUCCAGUCCCAAGGCCAUCCCCAAGCAAUCUUUGAAGAUGAGUCCCAAAGUAGGGACCAAGCUAGGCCAAAGUCCACUGAAUGGAGGUCCUAAAAUGGGUCAAAAUGGCUCUAGCAUUCCUGCUCGAGCAGGGUCAGAAUCCCGCCUUGUCCGGCCAAGACUAGACUCCAGCUCUCCUAGAAGUAGCUCUCAAGACAGCCUGUCCCAAUCCAGUGACAGCCUGAAGACAUUGGCAGCGGACAACAUGGUGCGUUCGAACAGCUUCACUCAUUUCAAGCAGAUUCCUUCGCCCACCAGUCAGCCUAUGACUCGGUCAUUCUCCUUUAACCGAGCUGUGGAGCUAGCCAAGCCUCUAGCAAACACCCAGCUCCGGCCUCCUCGGAGUAGUUGCCUCAAACCCCCUCAGCUGAGCAAUGGAAGAGUAGGUUUAGCACUUGGAGGCCUGAAUGGCAGCAUUGGCGGCUUAGGAGGUCUAGGUGGAGGACUUCAGUACAAUAAAACUCCCUCAGCUGCCUCCUCUCUGCCCACCCUUUCGAUUCCUCCAGCUCCCACUACUCCAAGCGCUCUGAGGAAGCCUCUGCUCCCCAGCUGUGUGCUGACCAAAUCAUUGGGCAGCAGUGCGGGGUCUUUGGGCUACAGGUUGGCUCGACCUGGGCAGGCCAAACAGCAGAAGCCUCUUUUUCCAGACAGAGGCGACACCAGUGAAGAGUUUCUAGAUGACUUUGACUGUGUGGGAGAUGUGUUAAGUGAUGUGGACCUGCCUGACAACAGGAAAACUGGCAGCACUACUCAAACACGCCUACAUAACUUCCUCAAUGAGACCCUUGACUGGGACAUGGAUCUAGCAGGGCAUAAAGAAGAAAGCCCUAUGCAGGACUCCCAGGGAGCACUGGUGUUGUCUCCAGACCAUGGUGAUGUUCUUCAGGGUUCGUCUGUAGAGAUGUCACCUUCGAACAGCUCUGGUGGAACCUACAUGUGGGAUGAGGAGGGUCUUGAGCCCCUUGGGGUGCCUGGGACACAUCCAUGUGACAGCUAUGAUGAUUCAGAACUCAACAGCGUGGAUAUCCUGAACAACCUGGAGCCACUGGGAACAGGAGAGUUGGAUGAUGAUGACCUCAUGCUGGAUGUGGACCUCCCAGAGGAUGGCUUGCAUGACGCUGACAGGAUGUCCCACUUUGAGCGCUCAGAGAGGGCUGGUCGGCAGGGGCAGCGGCGUAGACAUCAUCGCUGGAGUGGACCUGAUCACUUCUACAAUGAUAGCAGGGCCCACGUCGUCCAGCACUACGAUGGUCUCAAGGCUUCAAGGAUCUCUUCACGGCCCGUCCCCUCUGAAGGCAGGCAGCAUGGCUACAUGGCGAUGCUGGAUGAACUCACACUCGAACACAUGACUCAGGACUGUGGCUCCCUCAAGAACCAGCUUCUCAGGCUCAAAACGUUACUACAGCUGGAGGAUACCGACUCACCAGCAGAUGUUCCUGAAGAGAUUGAAGACAAUACCACUGCAUCACAGUUGGCAGAGUUGAUCAAGGAAGUGCAGGUGCUCAGAGACGAGUUGAGGAGUCGAGACAAGACGAUUGCUCAACUCACAUUGCAGUGUCAACAGUUACAACAACAUCAGCGAGAACAAAUGCAAGGACGGCCAGUCAGGUGUCAGUGCCACCACCAGAGGGCUCCCUCGACUCCCUCACUACGACAGAGCGACAGACAAAUGGACAGACGGAUGCAGCAUCACUAUGACAAGGCCACUCAGACGUACUGGAGACCACCAAGCCAUGCUCCUCAAAUACUACAGCCUUUCAACCCCUGCCUCAACGAGCACCUCCGCCAGGGAAGACUAGUAAAAACUCCCCCCACCGAGGGCCGCAGUGACCUCACAAGGAGUAGAUCAGAAGAAGGAACGCAUAUAGACGCUGACCGUCCUCUUGAAGACCUUAUGGCAGAUGUGUCCGGGCCAGAAAACCCUGACAAGCUGAGUCAUCUCCUCAGCACCCACCUGCGCCGCCCAGGCUUUGGGGCUCCACAGGGGGUAACUGCCAGAGACAGUCCAGCAUCAGCAACUCAGUCUGCAGCACAGCAUGAACGGAGAGUCCCUGCUGUGGUACCGCAGAGCUCUGUCUCUCCUAAAUCUGCUGGUUCGCCUAGCCCUCGCAUGCUGCAGCCUCCUCGCCUUCACAAGCGCGUGUCUCUCCCUUCACUCAAGCCAGGGGGCAUUGGUGGCUUUGCCUCUCUGAAGCAGGGGUGUUCCUUAGGGCCUCUGGGAAACCGGACCAAGCAGCUGCCCCCUCCGUCUAGAGGCCUUCCCUGCUUUAAUGCUGGACCCCAGGUUCAGGCUUCAAGUCCAUGUCGCACUUCACUGCUUCAGCCUCACAGAGCAUCAGAGCCUCGCAGGGAUCCACGGUGCUCCAGCUCCAGCCUGGAGGAGCCUGAUCAGGGGACACUCAAAGACCCUAGGUCGGCCAAGAUCCUGAUCCCUUCGAGUCGCUCAUGCCUCCCCAAGCCAAAGAUUCCCUGAGGAGCUUAAACCCACCCAUCAAAACUGAAAACUGGAAUCACUCUGACAUUGUUAUUUGUCCCCUUCUCUCCCCGGCCAUAACAACAGUGUGAUUGUUGUAACUUCUGAGUGUCAAAGGAACAAACACUGAGCUCCUUAACCUGUGUGGACCAUUCAGGAUCUUGGUAUUGUGACUGCUGUAUUGUUCUAAAUUUGCAUCUGCAACUCCAACCUAUACCAACAGUAUAUAGCAGGAUCUUAUCUUAACAUCAAUCCCCAUAGUGAUCUCAUGUAGGUUUUGUAGUGAUUCCUACAAAAAGUAAUGCACUGGAAUUCGUUGAUGUCCCACAAAAUUUUGGCUAUUGAUGAAGCAAUGUGAUGUUAAAAGCCACUAAGAUAGCUUAUCGACGAGGAAGGGACUAGCAGAACAGUGUCCGUUGUCGAAAGUCCGGAAAGUCCAGAAAGUCCAGAAGUAGGUAUUUUGAAACUUAACCCUGUCUAAACUUAACCAUUUUACAAAAUUAACAUGUUGAAAACAGCGAUUGUUAACAUUUAAAACAGCAAUUGUAACAUUUAAAAUGAUGAUAGUCACAUGUUACAAUGUGUUGCAACCUUGUGUCUGAAGCAUUGCCAGCAUUGUGCAGCAGGUUUAUUCGUAAGAAAUCAUACGAACCCCCUCUUGAGAAUACGCUGAUGACAUUUUUCAGAGGAUUUACAAAAGAAGAAAUGCCCAUUCAGAAAAGUUGGCUUUAGUUUUGUUUUGGAAUAUCCACUGGCUGUUAUUAAAUUUAAAAAUGUAAGUUUACUUGUCAUCACACAGCUGUGCCCUCUGACACACAGGUGCAUUUGGUUUUAAAUACGGAGGUGACACGGAUGUGACCUUUGCAGUGUAAUAGAAGGCCCAGGGGAAGAUGGAGGCAAAAACAAGGUAGUGGUAAAGAAAGGAAAAAAAAUAAUAAUAAAAUAACAGCAGAAGUGGAACAAGGGGCCACGACUGAAAAAACAAAUUUGUCAAAGUGCUCUGGAGCUGUCACUCCGAGAAUGAAAAUAUACGUUUGUGCGUGUGUGUGUGUGUGGAAGUGAGAGCCGAGAGACAGAGGUGAGGUGCAUACAUGUACUUACAUCCCAAGUGAACCCUUGAGCCUGUGUGUAUUUGCAAAAGGGGUCUCUGACCUUUUGUGUAGAUGCAGCUCAGAUGGAAAUAUAGGCUUUAAAAAAACAAUACCAUACUGAGGUAUGAUUAGGAGAAACACAGUGCAACUGAGGAAAUAGGUUUCAUAAUGUAGCGAAAAGAGCUGCGCAAUAAAGCACUCAAACAAUUAAGUGUGUUCAGGUAACUAGGUAUAUGUCCAUCAUUUAUGGCUACUCUGUGCAUUAAUGGAUGGAAAACAGUGAGUAACAUGACCAUGUAACAAAGCUGAUCAAAUAUCUAAUUUGAAUACAUAAUAAUUUGAUAUAAGGACAUGUAAGUUAAACUCAGGCUGAGAAAAAAAUAACAGUAAAGAAAAAAAGACUUGGGAGUUAACAAAAUACUUAUUAUGAGUGACAUUUUUGCAUUGGACAGUGGGGCUGCUGGUUAUGGCAAAAAUAACAAUCUUGAUCAUUUUCUUCAAUAUUGAGAUCACGAUCAUUAAACAUGAUUACUCAUUGUCUUGGAAACAUGCAUUUAUUGAACUUUAUUUUUUUUUAAUUUAAGCAUGGAAUUUUCUUGAACUAAAAAAAAGUAAAUAUAUAUAAAAUAAGAGAAAUUAAUACGAUAAAUAUAAUAUAAUACAAUACAAAUAUUAUUUAAAAUAAAUUAUUUAAAAAUAAUAAAAUAAUUCAAUAAAAAUAAAAAGCAACUAUGUUGCAAUGUUGGUGCACUACCAUGAACUGCUGAAAAAAAUGAAGCAGCUGAGCAGCCCAGUAAUCAUUUUAUCUUCAUUGUCUUGUUUCAUAAUCAUUGGAAACCACAAUUGUAACAGAAAAUAAAAUUUGAUUAACAGCCGAGCUUUAAUGCACACUGACUUCUGUGAACUGUCUCCCUUAAUGACCCACAUAUGGAAACAUCAGCUAACAGGGAGUCAUCAGACGUGUGAAGCUGCUGCCUGGUGUGUGUGUGUGUGUGUGUGUGUUUGUGUGUGUGUGUGUGUGAGAAUGUCUUAGCUGUUGUCGUCUUUCCCCCCUGUCUCUCGCCCCCUCUCGCUCUCUUGCACAUCUCUUUUAGAACAUCAAAGGUAUUAGUGCAGUAUUUUCAGGUAGGGAGCCUUUGGGGCUUUAGUGGUGUUUCUGUGGGACUUUUUGAGAAUUGUGUUUAUCUCUCCUUUGCGGAGCCCUUUUGCAGUCAAACGCUCCCGAAAUGUCCCCGAACGGAGAGCAGCAGUGUGUUAAAAAGGCCUUCUGACAGCAACUCUGCUCUCUUCUCUGUCACGCCGCGUGACCGCUUGGUGUACGCCUCUGGCACUGUCCGGUCUACUGCGUCCAAUAAUGCACCCUACAUAGACGUAGUGAGACAGAGAGGGAGAGAGACACACACAGACACAUUGCACGCAUACACAUCCUGACACACGAGUUACAUAGACGCACACGCACAGGAACUCUGACAAAACUCAAAGAGACAUGAAACUCAGAGGGAGCACACACACACACAUCAGUUCACACUUCCCAGUAACUAUAAAAAAUGCACCUGCGUACACACACUGUAAAAAAGUGCUUAAAAGUGUGUGUUUGGUUGCUCUCACAAAAUGAGCUCUCCAAGUACACAUUGAUCCAUCUGCCCACUGUAGCCAAAAAAAAAGGUGUCCGUCCCUAGAUUACCUUGGAAAUGGGUAAAGGCUAGAAAUGUGGAUCCAUAUGGCUGAUGAAAACGUGUUUACCUGUUGGACGGUUCAACAUUGUGCCAAA